GUUCAGAACCGAAGGCGCGUUUAAAAUAGCGCUUCCAGAGGCUUCGGGGGAAAAAAAAACUUUCUUAGUAGACCCCAUUUUCGUAGUGAAGAAGACAUGAGUCACUGGCUAAAAUGGAUUAUCUUCUGGAUAGUAAAUGGCAUUCCUUUAACUUUUGGCAUGGCAGUAAAUGAUAAAAUAGGUCAUUUGUGCCCUCCAUUAAAACUGGAGAAAAGAUGGUAUGCCCACAAGAAUGAAGGUCAUGAGUUUACAGGAUUUGAUUUAGCAGAAAAGUUUGUUCUUCGGAAGGGAACAAGUACAGAUGACAGACCUUUCUUCAGACUAGGGAGCAAGCCCCUGGUUAAAGCCACAGAGUUGGUGUUUCCGAAUGGGCUGUCUCAUGAAUACUCCCUGGUAACUACAUUCCGACUCAGGAAAACUACAAAGAAGGAUCGAUGGUUUCUUUGGAAUCUCUUAGACCAGGCUGGAGAAUCACAAGUAUCAUUAAUAGUGGAUGGGGCUAAAAAGGUGGUUGAGUUUUCAGCCAUAGGCUUUCUGAAAACCAAACUCCAGUAUAUAUUCAAAAACCGGGAUUUGCACGUUCUCUUUGACCGCCAGUGGCAUAAGUUUGGGGUGUCAGUACGACGCAGCAGUGUUUCAGUCUACAUUGACUGUAAGCUGAUCGAGACACGUCUGACUGCAGUUAGAGAUGCAGUAGACUUGGAUGGACGUACGCUAAUUACUACUAGGGUGGAGGAUGGACGACCUGUGGACAUUGAGCUUCAGGAGAUUCUAAUCUUUUGCGAUCCAAGUGUGUCAGAAGAGGCCAACUGCUGUGAUACACCCGGAGCAAGUUGUGGUGUUAGAGAAAACCAUGCUCCUACAUCUUCCCCAUUGCUCACGGGUUACCACCACCAAACCCAACAGCCGACAGUGCAACGGUCCACACCAACCCAAAAGCCUGCUGAUCAAUGCCAGUGCUGGGCAGAGAAGGGAGAGCCUGGUCAUCAAGGUGUGGCUGGAUUUCCUGGAGCAAAAGGAGAUAAAGGAGAUAAGGGGGAUUCAGGAAUUAAUGGGUAUCCUGGUAUUCCUGGGGAGAAGGGUGACAUGGGCAUUGCUGGCAUGCCCGGCUUAGAUGGUAAUACAGGAACUAAGGGUGAACCUGGGUCAGCCGGGGAGCAAGGGAUUGGUGGUGAAAAGGGUUUAAAAGGAGACCCCGGACCCGAGGGCCGACCUGGACAGAAAGGUGAUAAAGGAGAUGUGGGUCCCCCAGGUCCACCAAGGACUUCUAAUAUAAAUGAAUGUCAAAAAGGAGAUCAGGGUCCCCCGGGUGUUGCUGGUGAAAAGGGAGAAGCUGGUGUAUCUGGUCCGCCAGGAAAAGAGGGCAAAAGGGGUCGCAGAGGACAACCAGGGGUGCCUGGUAUUCCAGGACCACCGGGACCACCUGGAUCAUCUGAAGGUAUAGGCAUCAAGGGGGUGAAAGGAGAUCCAGGUGUGAUGGGAGAGAUAGGACAGAAGGGGGAGAAAGGAGAUGCCGGUCAGUUUGGUCAAGAAGGUGCCCAUGGUGUUAAAGGACAAAAGGGUGAAGUUGGCCCCAGAGGACCACCUGGCCCAGUGAUGACAGCGCAUGGUCUCAGACACCUCUCUGUACCAAGUGACGCAGGGGAGAAGGGUGAGAAAGGGGAAAAGGGAGACCCGGGCGAAAAAGGCAUUCCAGGACUACCAGGUAUCAAGGGAAGUGAUGGAUUGCCAGGGCAAAUGGGAAAGUCGGGUCCACAGGGAAAAGAAGGAUUACCAGGCCCUGCUGGACUUCGAGGUCUUCCAGGAGAUAAGGGAUUAGUAGGGGAGCCAGGACCAGCAGGGAGAGAUGGAGAGAAAGGACAGAAGGGUGAUACUGGUGGCAUCCAAGGGCAACCUGGCCCACCAGGUCCCAAGGGUGAGCCUGGAGUUGGAGGACUUGGUUAUACUGUAGAGGUAUUACCUGGGCCGAGAGGAUCAAGAGGGCCAAAGGGAGAGAGAGGAAUGCCAGGGAUACCAGGAGAACCAGGAGAAAAAGGAGAACCUGGUGUGGGAGUUCAUGGUCCACCUGGGAUGAUGGGACCAAAAGGGGAGCCUGGAGUAGAGGGUCCUCGUGGCCCUCCUGGUUUGCAAGGUCUUCCUGGAGUCCCAGGAAUCCAGGGACCUCCAGGUCAUGAAGGCAAACCAGGGCCUCCUGGUGAACCAGCAGCAUUGCCGAUCGUUGGAGAUUUUGCCUCACAUCUGAAGAAUGCCUGCAGUUUGUGCCAGACCAGAAUACCAGGAUUACCUGGACAGAAAGGGGAGAAGGGAGCACGUGGAGCUUCUGGUGGAGAUGGCAUUCAAGGGGUCAAAGGUGAUCAGGGUCUGAGAGGUCCAGUUGGUAACCCAGGAAAAGAGGGUCCUAAGGGCGUGAAGGGAGAAAGGGGGUUUCCUGGCCUAGCCGGAGACAAAGGAGAUGAGGGUCCUCCAGGUGUGCCAGGAAUCAAGGGGGAAACAGGUCGAAGUGGCCCUCCAGGUCCCAUUGGUAGACCAGGAAUUUCAGGCACAGCUGGACUCAAGGGAGAACAGGGCAUAAAGGGUCCACCAGGCAGGCCUGGACCUCCCGGACCUCCUGGCAUCCCCUAUGUGGAUGGGAAUGGAAUGAGCAGUCUAUAUAAGCUUCAGAAUGGUGAAAACUCAGGACCACCAGGACCUCCGGGGCCCAAAGGAGAUAAAGGGGAAGUAGGUGAACCAGGUCCAAUGGGAUUGCCAGGCUUUGAAGGACUGCUUGGCUCUAAAGGAGACCCUGGCAUGCCUGGUCCACCAGGAGUCAUAGGCCCUAUUGGGAAAUCUGGAACUCGUGGUGAGCCAGGAAUGCCAGGAGAACCUGGAUUGCGAGGGCCUGUGGGAGAGACAGGUUUCCCUGGACCUGAAGGCCCUCCAGGUGUACCUGGUAGACCUGGAAAAGAUGGAAUUCCCGGCUAUGAGGGACCAGCUGGCAGACCUGGUGAUAGAGGUGCCAAAGGAGAGAGGGGUGAUCCUGGGAUCCCUGGAGAGAGAGGUGUUCAGGGCGAGAGGGGAAGGCCUGGAGAAAGAGGGCCUUAUGGCCCCCCAGGCAUUCCUGGUGAGAAAGGACAUCCUGGUUCACCUGGUAUAGGUUCACUGCUGAAUGAUUACAACGCCAUGAAGGAAAUUAAACUGUUCAUCCAAAAUGAAGUAUUGCGUCUGUUUGAAGAAAGGUUAUCGAGAUACACCAUGCUGGAAAAGGUACCAGCAGCAAUAUUGGCUGCUCAUGGUUAUCAAGGUCCCCCAGGCCCUCCUGGAAAUGAUGGGUCCCCAGGUCCCCCUGGAGAACCAGGACCCCCAGGCCCUCAAGGCUAUCGGGGACAGAAAGGAGAGAGAGGUCAAGUAGGCCUAGGUGCACCAGGCCCUAUAGGCAAACCAGGUCCACCUGGAAUUGGACUCCCAGGGCCUCAGGGAAGAUGUGAGCCAAAUGACUGCACGCAUGCUUAGCUCCGCACAGACCAGGAUAUCUAGAGUCCAUUCUGUAGCUUUUUAAGUUUCUUACACAAACAGCAAAAGCUCACCUUUUAAUAUAAAUGAUAACCAUUGUUAUCAUUUACAGAAAUGAUUCUUUUAUUCAUUAUUUCACAAUCAGCAUAGCACCUCAGUUGCUGUUUAUAAUCACUAUACAUUUAAAUGUGACCAAAUAUAUUACAUACUAGACAGUUAUUCUCAGGGUUUGGGGGGGGCAGGAUAUUCAUCCUAGGUUCUUAAAUGUAUAAAUUCUUAUUUACCUCAGCUUUUUGUGUAAGAGAGACAAAAUAGAUCAGGUGUGACAUACAGGUGUGAUGGUUUAAGUUAUUUUAAUAGACAGGUGUGAUCAAAUUACAGGUUAAUAAUAGAGCUUAAAUAUGAUAAUACGUAUUGGGUAAAGAAGGUUUGUUUAGUUUAAGCAAAGAAUUAAAUUUUCUUUUUAUGUUUGCAAGUGUAGGCCAGAACAUUUUUGGAAAAGCACUAUUCUUGAUAAUGAAGAAAGGGUUUUUCUUACUUUUUACUUGUUUCUUUUAUUUAUUAGAUGUUACUGUAAAUAUGGUGGUGAUUGAAACUUUUUUCAUCAAUCUGUGAGCUUUUUUUACAGCUUUAAUUUUGUCGGAACCUGACAUUAAAAUAGCCUUCUAAAAUGCAAAAACAAAAUGCAAAAACAAACAAAAAAUAAUAAUAUUCAACUGAACUACAUAAUACAAUAUGUUAAAACGAGAUUAGUUUAUUUUUGGGUGAGGAAGAGUGAUGAAUUUAUUGUUUACAGUUAAUUAUGCAACUUAAUCUUCUCAUCAGGCUAUUGCAUCUGGUUUAAUUCAUGCUGUAUGCAUAUUUAGAUUUAGUUGUUUUAGAUGCAAGUACUAUAUAAUGGAUAAUUAUACAAUGCAUUUUUUCAUUAUUUUACAGUAUUUAUAAUUUUUGUCUGUUCACUGAUGUUCUUUCCACACAAUUAAGAAUAAAGAAAAUCUAUCUUUAUCUACAAAAUUCAAUGUUUUUAAAUGCUGUAUAUUUUUACUGCAUUGGAAAUGUUUCUAUGCAAACUGAUUAAUUAUUUAUUUAUUAUUUGUUAGUGUUUUGAUUUUGCGAGGGUUGUUUUUUGCCAAUAAAAAAAAAAGCCCCUUUG